AUGGUGAAAUUUAUGGUACAGCGAAGUACUGUGAAUGGACGGAGCGGAAAAAUUUUUCGUUGGGGUAAUGUAAUUGUUGAGCACGAAACGCCAUCCUACAUGGUGUAUACACGUGCUGGUCAUAUUCCACAUUUGACGUGGGAUGUAGCAACUGCACAUCUCAAACACCGACAGCCGCCUAUUUAUCAGCUGACUCUUCCUUCACUUUUCGAAGCAUUGCCAGUUAUUGAAAAAUCUGGUAACGGGAUUGCUCAAUUCGUUUCCAUGCCAAUUAAUAUCGAAACAGUUAAGAAAUUGCUAAGAUUCAGUCACGUAUCAUCCUACGAAACGAUGUUUGAUUACGGUACUCCAGAGGGGUGCUCUAAUAAACGUUUAGAAAAAGCGUUAGAACGAACAGUCAAAUUUUCGAGAGAAUUGCUGCGUAGUGAUUCUUUUGAGGGUUCAGCAGCACUAAUUGCAUUAUGUGGUGGGCAUAGCCCAUCUCAUCAUGAACGUUGUGCGUCUACGAUUGGUUCACUUUCAAAGGGCUCUGGUUUUGUUUUGGAUGUAAUGCAAUUUGCGAAACGUCUUCGUGUGUUUCCAAAAAAACCGAAAAUGAAGUCAAAAGUGGAUACUACUGACAUUACAGUUCCACUAGAAUCUUCUAGCCCUGAAGUAUCUGGAAGUAUUGGUUCUUUGGAUCCGGUUAUCGUGGAAAGCGAGUUUGAUAAAAAUAUUAUCAAGGAUUUGCUAGCUGGAGUGUGGGCUCACAUAUCGCCUUCUCACUUACGUUUAGUUAAUGGAGCAUUUUCGCCGGCGGAAGUUGUUGCUUUAACGCAUCUCGGUGUAGAUUUAUUCGACUCAUCCUAUGCUAUAUUUCUUGCUGAACAGGGAAAAGCAUUUGUUUGUGGUGAAAAUUUUCCGGAAGAAACGACUUUCAGCGUGUUUGAUUUCACUGACACAUUGUAUGCAGAUGAUUUUAGGCCUCUUUGUAAGAGUUGCAGUUGUUACACUUGCACACAUUAUACAAGGAGCUACCUACGACAUUUAACGAAUACAAUGGAGUUACUAGGCCCAGUUCUGCUCGUAAUACAUAAUAUGCAAGAAUAUGAACGAAUGUUCGCGUUGCUGAGGAAGAAUUUAUCUAGGAGUUUGGAUGCUGAAAAUGUUUGA